GUGGGGGGGGGCAACUGCAAGAAUAGACUGGCAGAUGGUGAAGACACGACCCUGUCGCACACUUUGCCACCAGUCAGGUCUGCAUAGGUCUGAACGGUCAUGUUGUGGUUGAUCUGCUGUUGAGAGACACCAAAUAAAUCAGAUCACCUAAGAGAGCGACAUAAGACCAAUAAACAGCAGCUGAAAUGGACGCAUGGGAAGUUCCCACGUGUUUAGGAACCACAGAAGCGAAAGACAAUGUUUCAUCAGCAGUUAACAAAUCCUGUGAGAAUCUAGAGUGCUACAUGGUCCUGAUGAAGGCGGAGAAGACGGCCAUCGGCUCCAUCUGUUUCCUGGCUGGUCCCAUCACACUCCUGGAGAACACCCUGGUCCUGCUGGUGAUCGUCGCUACAGCCACACUGCGUCAGCGACCCUCCUAUCUGUUCAUCGGCAGCCUGGCUUUGGCUGAUGUUUUCGCCAGCUGCUUCUUCACCACCAGCUUCCUGGACUUCCACCUCUUCCGUCGCAGUGAUGGCCCCACUGCCUACCUGUUCAAGUUAGGUGGUGUUACAAUGGCCUUUACCAGCUCUGUAGGAAGCUUACUACUAACAGCCUUGGACCGCUACCUCUGUAUCCACCAGGCAUCCAGCUACAAAAUACUGCUGACCCGCCGCAGAGCCCUGCUGAGCCUGCUGGUUCUAUGGAGCGCCACCACCUUCAUCUCCUUCUUGCCUCUAAUGGGUUGGAGGUGUCCGACAGGGCUCGUCCCACCCUGUUCACGCCUCUUCCCCUACAUCAACUCGGGUUAUCUGGCCUGCUGGACCAGCUUCAUCUUGGUUCUACUGACACUAAUCUUAGGGGCAUAUGCUCUCAUCCUAUGGAAAGCCCACCGCCAUGAAGCCUCCAUGACCAGCAUCCAGGGAGCAGCAGGAUCAGGCCAGGCCCGCAUGAGGAUGGACAUCCGGCUGGCGCGCACCUUUGGACUCAUUCUGCUCAUACUUGUGGGUUGCUGGCUUCCUGCGCUCUCCUUCAUGAUCGCUGACGUAUCCAUGCUCCUGACUCACACCCAACAAAGGGCCUUCGCCUUCUGUAGCACCCUCUGCCUGGUCAACUCUGCAGUCAACCCACUGCUGUACGCCUUGCGCUGUCGGGAGCUAAGAGUCGCUCUGCAGCAGUUGUUUCACAGACUUUGUGAGAUUGGAAGGUGUAAGAAAUUGACAGAGCACUUAACUCCAGAAUUAGCCUCCGGACAUGAUAUCAGCUGUACAACCAUCUCUGAGAAUGAGAUGCACAGGACCAGAACCACCACCCAGCUAACCACAGUUUCGGAAAUAGUGACCAAGCAGCAGAAGAGCAUUAGAACAUAAGUAAAGUAUGGAGAUUAAAUAGAAAACAGCUGUACAGAUGUAAAAGAAAAAGCAUUUUAGAAGUGGCUAUGGUACUGUGCUGAGGAAAGAAGUACAAAUACACUGCAAAUAUCAAAAUCUUACCAAGUGUAUUUUUCUCAGUUGUAGUCAAAAUAUCUCAUCACAUUUAAAAUAAGACAUAAUCACCUAAAGCACAGGUGACAAA